CGACGGCCGCGCGGACACAAAGGGAAGGCGAGCCUGCGAGCUAGAGGCUGCGUCCGUCCCCGCCCCGCGCCCCUCGCGCGCGCCCCAGCUCCGUGUUCCCCACGCGGCGCGCUCCCUGCCCUCGCGCGCCCGCGCCCCUCGCCCGCGCCGGGAUCCCCCAACGAGGCUGUCCCGAGCGCGGAGGGCCCGGGCCUGGCGGGGAUGCUGCGGGGCUGCCCCGGGCGGCGGCACGGCUGCUAGGAGGCGGCGCGGGGCCGGUGUGCCCGGCCUGCCGCUCCCUGAGCUCCCCGCCGUGCGGCCGCGACAGCAUGGGCGCCCAGGCGCCGCUCCGGCUGCCGGCCGCGCCCCCGCUCGCCGUCUGCGGCUACACGUCGGUGCUUCUGCUCUUCGCCUUCUGCCUGCCCGGGAGCCGCGCGUCCAACCAGCCCGCAGGCGGCGGCGGGGACUGUCCCGGAGGCAGAGGCAAGAGCAUCAACUGCUCAGAAUUAAAUCUGAGAGAAUCUGACAUCAGAGUGUGUGAUGAAUCUUCAUGUAAAUAUGGAGGUGUCUGCAAAGAAGAUGGAGAUGGUUUGAAAUGCGCAUGCCAGUUUCAGUGCCAUACAAAUUACAUUCCUGUCUGUGGAUCAAACGGGGACACUUAUCAGAAUGAGUGUUUUCUCAGGAGGGCUGCUUGCAAGCACCAGAAAGACAUAACAGUGGUGGCACGUGGACCUUGCUACUCUGAUAAUGGCUCUGGAUCUGGAGAAGGAGAGGAGGAGGGCUCAGGAGCAGGGGCUCACAGGAAACAUUCCAAGUGUGGACCGUGCAAGUACAAGGCUGAGUGUGACGAGGAUGCGGAAAACGUUGGGUGUGUGUGUAACAUAGACUGCAGUGGGUACAGCUUUAACCCCGUGUGCGCUUCUGAUGGGAGUUCCUAUAACAACCCCUGUUUCGUUCGAGAAGCAUCUUGUAUAAAGCAAGAGCAGAUCGACAUAAGGCAUCUUGGCCACUGCACAGACACAGAUGAUGCAAGUUUAUUGGGAAAGAAGGAUGACGGGCUGCAGUAUCGGCCAGAUGUGAAAGAUGCAGGUGAUCAAAGGGAAGACGUUUAUAUAGGAAACCACAUGCCUUGCCCUGAAAACCUGAAUGGGUACUGCAUCCACGGGAAAUGUGAAUUCAUCUACUCUACUCAGAAGGCCUCUUGUAGAUGCGAAUCUGGUUACACUGGACAGCACUGUGAGAAGACGGACUUUAGUAUUCUCUAUGUAGUACCAAGUAGGCAGAAGCUCACCCAUGUUCUUAUCGCAGCCAUUAUUGGAGCAGUACAGAUCGCCAUUAUAGUAGCAAUCGUCAUGUGCAUAACAAGAAAAUGCCCCAAGAACAAUAGAGGACGACGGCAGAAGCAGAACCUAGGUCAUUUUACUUCAGAUACUUCAUCCAGAAUGGUUUGAGCUGCUGACUUUUAUAUGCACACUGACCACGUGAUGUACAUUUAUUAUGUCUUUUUUUAAAGAAUGGAAAUAUUUAUUUCAGAGGCCUUAUUUUUGGACAUUUUUAGUGUAGUACUGUUGGCUCGUAUUUAGAAUAUUUAGCUACAACAGUUUUUGACUGUUUAGUAGUCUCUGUUUUAUGUUUUUAAAUACAGAAAUUGGCUUCACAAAUUUGUAACACAUGGUAAUACUAAGACUUGCUCUUUAUCCAUGGAAUGUAAUAUUUUUGCAGAGAUGGAUGGACCCACUCCACGGUGGUUAUAAAGUCAUACUUCUUCCCCAAUAACCACAGCAAAUGACAAAGCAUGAACUAAAAGUAAAGAUGUUUACAGAUUACUUUUCUUACAAAAAGAAAAUCUAGAGGACACUGUGUUUAAAUAGAUAUUUAAAUGUUUUUGAGAUUUAGUACCUGAUUUUUUUAGACACUUCCCCUAUUGCAUGAGCUGCAAAGCUGUGUGUGUGUUAGAUGUAACAUAUUUAUAAGCUGUAUGAACUGGAAUGGAUAGUUUCUCUCUUUGAAGAAAUAAUCCUAAUAAUUUUAAAAGUACCUGGGAGUUAAUGAUGGGACAGAUCACUGAAAAUAGAUUAAGAUAUUGACAAGAUAGGGUAUUUAAUGAGCAGAUUGGAAUAAAACCUACAGUAUCAGUUAAACGACUUUAAUACAUAUUCAUUUUUAAACAUUGUAUUUGUUUUAAUAUAAAUGUACAAAUUGUAUCAGUGUUUGUGAAUACAAUGCAGAAAUAAUUGUUAAUGAUUGGUGCUCUGAAAGUGAGCUUAAAAAUGACCUAAGACCUCUAAUUCAAAUCUGUCCUGUAGUAGCUCUGUUACUAGAUUGUUGGUGUUUAAGUCUGAACUGUGAGUAGACUGUAUGCAGAUGUUUAACGUGUAGUUUAGCCAGUCAAAAAUAUGCAUGUAGAAUUUAAAGACUAUGUUUAAACUUAAAUAAUAAUUUUAAUAAUUUGAUUUGGAAAAGCAUGUUAUAAUAUAAUGUUUUCACUAUA